UAAGGUUAAAGUCAAAGUUAGUUGGUGCAACCCAGUCUUACUAAAAAGGCCAGUAAGGGAGCUAAUAUAAGAAGUUUUGUGCUUCUUAAAAUUUCAGAUUAAGAAGUAAUAAGAAACUUAUCAAUAUACACUGAUAUCAACUGAUAUUACGGGAAAAUUCAAGUAAAGAAAAAACGUAAAAAAUGUACGCGAGAAUCAAUAACAGAUGGACACUACUGCAAAAGCGAAUAAAAGCUUCCGGUUACAGAAACUAUGCCGACAGCACCCUCAAAAAAAAGGAAUGGGUGUCAACAAACUUCUCUCCUGGAAACGUCUAUCACGGCUUUGUAUGCACGGACGUUGAACUCGUAAAAGAGUAUAACAUGACAGCCUAUUUUCUCACCCAUGAGAAAACGAAAACAGAGUACUUACAUUUAGAAAGAGACGACUCCAAUAAUGUGUUUUCGGUGGGAUUUCGCACAACACCUCUGGAUUCCAUGGGAACUCCACACAUUCUGGAGCACACCGUGCUGUGCGGAUCAGAGAAAUAUCCAGUGCGGGAUCCAUUCUUCAAAAUGUUAAAUCGCUCAUUGGCCACUUUCAUGAAUGCGUUGACCGGUCCUGAUUACACGUUUUACCCAUUUUCAUCCCAAAACGAGGUGGACUACAGAAAUCUACAGAAAGUUUAUCUCGAUGCUGUUUUCAGGCCGAAUCUAUCUCGUCUGGAUUUUCUGCAGGAGGGAUGGAGGCUGGAGCACUCGAAACUGGAAGAUAAAAAUUCUGAUUUAGUAUUUAAAGGAGUAGUUUACAAUGAAAUGAAAGGUGCUUUCUCUGAAACAAGCUCAUUGUUCGGACAGAAGUUCAUAAACACAAUAUUACCUAAAGGCACCUACGGCUAUGUCUCCGGUGGCGAUCCAUUGUGCAUUCCACAACUCACUCAUGAGCAUUUAAAAACAUUUCAUUCCACUUAUUAUCAUCCCAGUAAUGCUAGAAUUUACUCCUAUGGAAACUUUCCUCUCGAACACAAUUUGCAAUUUCUUAAUGAAACAUAUUUAAGUAAAUAUAAGUAUCUGGAUCCUAAACACAGUGUUGUGAGUCCACAGGAGAGGUGGAAGGUCCCCAGCAGAGCAAGCGUCUCAUGCAGGGUGGACCAGUACGGAGGUUCUGUGGACAAACAGAACCAAAUAGCAAUAGGCUAUGUGAUGUCAGACAUAACACAAAUAUAUGAAACAUUCAUGAUGACAGCUCUGGCAGAGUUAAUGAUACUAGGUCCAAACUCAGCAUUUUAUAAAAGUUUGAUCGAAAAGAACAUAUCAGGAGGCUACAACUCCCUGACUGGAUAUGACAAUCAGAUUAGAGACACGCUAUUUGUUAUUGGAUUGAGAGAUGUAGAAAAAUCGAAUUUUGAUAAAAUUGAGAAUAUCGUUAAGCAGACUAUUGAUGAUAUAUUCACGAAAGGUUUUGAGAAGGACCAUAUUGAAAGUGUUUUGCAUGGUUUUGAACUUUCUAUCAAACACCAGUCCCCUAGAUUUGGUUUAAAUUUGCUAUUUAAUUUGAUGCCCCUUUGGAAUCACGACGGACCCAUCCUCGACGCUCUUAAAAUAAACGAGCUCCUCAGUGAACUAAAGAAGAACCUAAUGAAUCCGAGAUACGUAAAAGACGCAAUUGAAAAAUAUUUCAUUCUUAAUAAUCAUACAUUAAUUAUGACAAUGCAGCCGGAUCCAAAGUUUGACGACAUUUUCAACGAGGCAGAGGCCAAGCUGCUUAAAUCCAAAGUGAAUGCUCUUACUGCAAAGGAAAAAGAAAGCAUUUAUUCUGAUGGGAUUGCACUUUCUGACGCUCAGAAAAAGGUGGAGAAUCUAGACGUGCUACCUUGUUUAAAGAUGGACGAGGUAGCUCUCAGCAAAACUGCCCCUGCACUUCAACACACCAUUUUUGGAACCAUACCAUUACAACUCUGCGAAGCUAACACUAACGGCGUAACAUAUUUCAAAGGUGUACUAGGCACGGACAGCUUAAAUAGCACACAGAGGAGUCUGUUGCCUUUCUUCAUUUACGUCGUAAAUAAGUUCGAUAUGAAGAAUUACAACUACAGAGACUUCGACAAGUUCGUCAGCAAGUCGACGUCGGGUUUGGGUUUCAUGGCGCACAUCGCCGAGCACGUCGGCCAGCAGGAGCAGUACGAGCAGGGCGUUCUGAUCAGCAGCCACUGCCUCGAUGAAAACUUGCGAAAAAUGUUAGACAUUUGGGCAGAAAUAUUCGAAAAGCCCAACUUUGAAAAUAGCGAAAGGAUGACUAUGUUACUCAACAACUAUUGCUCGUCCCUAACGAGCGGAAUCAUCGAUAGCGGGCACACGUACGCGAUGCAGGCGGCCCGCUCUCUCGUGUCCUCCGUUGACGAGUGUAAGGAGAGUCUCAUGGGUAUGAAACACGUCAUCGACAUGCAAGGUAUUCAGAAGAAGUUCAAUAUUAGCGACAUACAGUCGACCGUGAAUUCGAUUAGCGAGCAAAUAAUAAAAGGCAGCAAUCUGCGGGCGGCCUUCCACUACUCGAAUGCGACCGACGUUCUGAAGCCGGUGGAAGAUUUUUGCAAGAAUUUAUGUCCCGGGGACGCCCAAGAAGUGAACAGGAUCACCUGGACCGACUCCCGACCACCGAAUAAAACGAACAGAGGACUACACAUUUCUAUGAAUAUUCCAGUAAAUUUCUGCUCCAAAGUCAUUCCGACGGUGGCGUAUACGCACGCGGACUAUCCAAAGUUGAGGGUGCUGUCAAGGUUUGUGACUUCGAAGUACUUGCAUCCGAUAGUCAGGGAGAAAAACGGAGCGUACGGGGGCGGCGCCAUGAUCUCGACCGACGGCGCUUUUAACUUCUACUCGUAUCGCGAUCCGAAUUCUCGCGUCACUCUGGACGUAUUCGACGAGACCGCGGAUUGGAUGGCCAAAAAUAUUAACUUAGUCGACGAUCAAAACUUGUUCGAAGCAAAGCUGUCCAUUCUGCAGCAGAUGGACCAGCCCGUGACGGAAUACAUGAAGGGCAUAGAUCUGUUCCUGUACGGCCUGUCGUACGACAUGUGGAAGACCCAGCGGGAGAGGGUGUUGGCCGUGACGAAGGAGGACCUGGUGCAGGUGUGCGGGGAGUACUUAGCGAGCGACAGGUGGGCCGGCAAGUGCGUGAUCGGCGACGGCGCCUCGCAGCCGCUGGCCAGGGCCAGCGAGCAGUGGGAGACCGUCAGCGGGCCGCAGCAGUGAUAGUGUCGUGUUACGAACCCGUUAGAAUACUAUUUGUAUGAUGUCUCGUACGGAAUUUUAUAAUAUAUGUAAAGUAUAAAGUCUAGUAAUAAAAUAAUAUACAACUAAUUCUAAAUUUCAUAGGUAAAACAUGAAUAUUAAAAUAAUUUAUAGUCUCUCGAAAAUCCAAGCAAGUAUAUAACGACAUAAUAUAAUGUUUCUCGAAAGAGUUUAAGUCGAACUGUUAAUUUAUCGUUCGUGGACCGAAGACAUGCCUCGACAUCUACAAAAUAAUGUGAAAAUAAUAGUAUUUUAGAGAUCUAAAGUGAAUAAAUAUAUU